UAAUCUCUCUUUGUACACAGUUACCGAGGAUGAUACCGAUGGCCUUCGAAAGAAUGCUUUGACGACAGAGGCCCUCAAAAUGUUCCACUCUACAAAUAUCAGUGAUGCUUACAGCGACACAACUUCCGAAUGGAGUUUGGAAGACGGCUUACACAGUACCUUGUACCAUCCGGUAAUCACCUUAAAGCAAUUCGAAGGCCAAGACGACAACGUCGAUGACUCUUAUCGAUCUGCUCAUGUCUCCAUUGAAGGUGAUGGCGAAUCGUUCCUAUCGGAUUCUACAUCUAGUCUGCUAAGGUUUAUGGAUCAAAUGGAUAAUGACAGCCUUUCCAGCAUCGCCAGCGAUGAUGAAUACGAUGUCGACACGUUCACAACUGUUAGUGAUCUGACAGACUUUGAUGAUGAUCUCUUGGAUGACGACAACAGUGACGUCGUGCUUGAAAUGUCUAUGCCAGAAGUCGAUUUUGGGCUGCCAGACGAUGCUUUAUCCAUUGCAACUACCUUUCUCAAUGGAAUAAUGGCUGAGGUCGCUUCCGAACUAAACUCGAAAUAGUCGACUUCCAAAAUAUUCAAUCACUUUCUUGUAAAUAAAGCUAUCUAGUUAUUC